CACCUGCCCCUGCGCUCUCUCCAGGGCUGCCAGUGCUCUACCCAAAGCUCGACACCUGCUGGGUUCACCCAAAACCCAGGACCCCAGACCGCUACGCCUGUGCAGAUGGACACCCGGGCGCCGGAAGUUCCUUGCGGGGACGUGCUGCAGAACGCGUUACCUAAGGUUUAUUUUCAGGCAGAAAAUCUACUUCAGGAGCUUGAAGAACACUUCCGAGCUCUGACUACAACAUUAAACCUCAGAAUGGAAGAAAUGGGAAGUCGCAUCGAGGACCUACAGAAAAAUGUUGAUGACCUAAUGGCUCAAGCUGGAAUCGAGAAUUCAGUCAAAGAACAGAUGACCUGAAGAUGUUAAACGAGCCAUGUGAAAUUGCAAAAAUGAAACCUAUACUGUUUGAGUAAUCUGUGCAGUAUGAAUUUUGAUGUUCGGUUUUUAAUUUUGUUUUUUAGAGACUUGAAAUCAAACCCAGGACCUAAAAUGUAGUAGACAAGUGGCUACCACUGGGCUAUAUGCUAACCCAUUAAAAAAACAAAUAAAAAACAAGAGCAAUAAAAUAGCAUACUUCAGAAAGUGACUAUAUACCAAAGAUGAGACUUGUAAAU